UGCGCCUUAAUUCAAUUGCUUAAGGUCAAAAACCACACCCUAUUUUAAGUCACCAGGUAACAAGAACAUGUCCAGUGAAAUUUACACAGAGAGUAUGAGAGAGACGAAAUUUGAAAAGCAUUGCCGUUUGACAUAGAAAAGAAGUGGGCUACUGACCAGAAAUGUGAUGGGCAAGUGAUACUAUAGCUUAGAGAGAGAGAGAGAGAGAGAGAGAGAGAGAGAGGGGAGCAAUGCGCAUAGGCUGGCAUGCCUUCAACUCCCCACAUCAACUUCCAGCCCACCACUUCCUCCAAGAUCAUCAGCCUAUGCAAACAGGAUCUUCUAAGCCAAGCACUCUCUCUCUUCCAAUCUUUCUCUCUCUUAGAUUCUCCAACCACCCACCACCUCCAGACUUACUCUGCUCUCUUCCAAGCCUGCGCCAAUCUCAAGUUCCCACUCUUCGGCGCCGCUCUCCACAAAAGGUGGCUAUUUCUCUCUAUAAACGACCUUAUCGUCUCCAAUCACCUCAUCAACAUGUAUGCGCGAUGUGGCCUUUUAAGAACCGCGCGCAAAGUGUUCGACAAAAUGCCUAAAAGAAACAUAGUCUCUUGGACCUCUCUAAUCUCAGGCUACGACCACGCAUUUAUGCAUCACGAUAGCCUCAAUCUCUUCUCUCUCAUGUAUAGGCAAUGUGAUGAAAAACCCAAUGAAUUCACACUUGGUAGUGUGCUGAGCUCAAUCUCUGCUCUAAAGAAUGCAUAUUUUGGUCGUCAAGUCCAUGGAUUAGCUAUAAAAAUCUCACUUGAUGCUCAUGUCUGUGUGGGCAAUGCACUUGUUACUAUGUAUUCAAGGUGUCAGAAUGCUUUAGACAAUGCGAUGAUGGUGUUUUGGACGAUGGGGUGUCAGAAUUUGGUGUCGUGGAAUUCAAUGAUUGGUGCUUGCGUAUGGAAUGGUUGUGAUGUGGGGGCAAUUGAAUUGUUUUCGAGGAUGCGUAAAUGUGGGGUUGGAUGUGAUCGUGCUACAAUGGUUAGUGUUCUGACUUCAUGUUCAGUGUUGGAGAGUGUUUGGAUUGUUCAGCAAUUGCAUUGUCUUUCAGUGAAAGGUGGAUUUAUGGAGGAGGCUGAGGUGGCCACAACGGUGAUGAAGGCAUAUGCAAGCCAUGGGUGCACUGAGGAAUCCUAUAGGCUCUUCUUUGGGAUUCCUUCCAUGGACAUCAUGUGUUGGACUGGGAUCAUCACCACACUCGCUGACCAAGACCCUGAAGAGGCACUCCGCCUCUUCCAACAGCUCUACAUCCACUUCCAGCCUGACUCCUUUACGUACAGUGCCGCCCUAAAGGCGUGCACAACAAUCGCCAACAUAGGCCAUGCACAAGCAGUGCAUGCACAAGUCAUUAAAGCAGGUCUUGACUACAAUGUGGCCCUCAACAAUGCUCUCAUCCACACAUAUGCACGUGGUGGCAACAUCAACUUUGCAAAACAUGCCUUCUCGUUGAUGCAAACCCGAGAUACCAUCUCAUAUAACUCGAUGAUCAAGGCCUAUGCACUACAUGGACAAGGAGCCGAGGCCCUGAGUCUCUUCGAACAAAUGGUUGGUAAUGGUAUUAGACCUGAUGAGAUCACCUUUGUGGGCUUGCUCUCAGCUUGUAGCCAUGCAGGGAUGGUCAAUGAGGGUUGUUGUGUGUUUGAAGUCAUGGUAAAGACCUAUAACAUUUCCAGGCAACUUAAUCACUACGCAUGCAUGGUGGACAUAUUGGGGCGUGCGGGCCUAGUCAGAGAGGCGGUGACUUUGAUCGAAGAGAUGCCUUUUAAAGCUGAUUCGGUGAUAUGGAGUUCACUCUUGGGUGCUUGUCGGGUCCAUCGAGACGCUCAGAUAGGAGAGAGUGUGGCUAAGAAACUCAUCGAGCUCAAGCCUCAAAGCUCUAUGGGAUAUGUGCUUAUGUGCAAUAUAUAUGCAGAAGGGGGUAGUUGGAGUGAGUCUGCGAGUUUAAGAAAGAAAAUGAGCUUUGUAGGUGUUAAGAAAGAGAUCGGAGUGAGUUGGAUAGACGUAGGACAUAGGGUGCAUUGGUUCACAUCAGGGGAUACUGGCCACCCGCAGUGGGAGGGGAUAAGGGUUGAGUUAGAGAGAGUGGUGGCGAGGAUUAAGGAAGCUGGGUAUUUGCCCAAUACAAGUGUGGUUUUAUACGAGGAGGGAGAGGAGCACAAGGAAGAACGGGUGCUUAGGCACAGUGAGAAAUUGGCCAUGGCCUUUGGCCUUAUGUUCACUCGAGAGGGCGUGGAAUUGAGGAUAAUGAAGAACCUUAGGAUUUGUGUGGAUUGUCACAAUGCAUUUAAGGUGGCAUCAGGGUGUUUCGGGAGGGAGAUGGUGGUGAGGGAUGCGAACCGGUUCCACCAUUUCAAGGAUGGAUUUUGCUCUUGCAGGGAUUAUUGGUAGUUCUUUGUUAUAAUUAGGUGUAUUAUUUGUGACAUUGACCUUUAAUUCAGAAAAAGUGGCUCACUAUUUUUUA